AUGUCAUAUAUUAGAUAUAUUAAUAGAUUAUGUCAAGAUGGAUUUUGUCCAGAACAAGCAACUGUUCGUCGUUUAGCUUAUGAAUUUGCUGUUGCUUUAAAACUGGAUCAUAAGUUUAACAAGGAAAAAAAAAUUGCUGGCUAUGAUUGGCUUUGGGCAUUUUUUCGUAGGCAUCCAGAAUUAAGUAUUUUAAGUAUAAAAAAAGCACAAGGCCUUUCAUUGUCAAGGAGGAAAGCUCUGACUAAAGAUGCAGCACAUCAUUUUUACAAUCUUUUAGAUGAAGAAAUGAAAAAAUAUGAUCUCCAUGAUAAGCCUCAAAAUAUAUAUACUAACAGAAAAGGAGAUCCACUCAGUAUUAUCGUUUGUUGCUCGGCAGAAGGUAGAUUUUUACCCCCUACUGUGAUUUUUAAAGUAAAAAAUUUAAGACCUGAAUUUUCUGAUGCUCUACCUCAUGGUUCAAAUAUUUAUAUAAAUUCUAAGUCUGCAUAUAUCAGUUCAGAAAUAUUUCUUACGUGGUUUACUGAACAUUUUUUGCCCCAGGUAGCACCUGGACGAAAUGUUUUAAUUCUUAAUGGCCAUUGCUCAAAGGUUUCUUCUAUUGCUCUUUUGGAAUUGGCCGAUAAAAAUAAUGUCAGUCUUCUUUGCUUACCUCCUCACGCUACACAUGCUCUUCAGCCAUUGGGUAAAUCAUUUUUUGGUCCAUUUAAAACAUAUUUUAAGAGUGUCAGUACGACUUGGGCUGAACAGCAUGAAGGAUUAAAACUGUCUUAUUCUCAAGUUGGUUCUUUAAUUUGCAAAGCUUGGACCAAAUCAGCAUUAAUUGUGAACGGAAGAAAUGGAUUUAAAACUACCGGUAUUUACCCCCUUAACAAAGAUGCUUUGCCAGACUGUUUAUUUUCUACUUCAGACUCCAGAACAGAUACCAAUUAUUUAGACAAUGUUUUCGAAACUGAUCUUACACUCGCAGCAUGCAAUCAAAGUUAUUUACUGGUAUUCAUGUUUCGUAGCAAAAAUGGAUUUCAAAUGGAAGACUUUAGACCGUCGUAA